UGGGUAACGUACACUCACCCUCAGUCCCCCAAGAGCCCGCACCUACUGAGUGCUCAGGAAGUGUGUACUGGAUGUCUGAAUAAACGAAUGAAUGAAUGAAUGAAUGAUUCAGCGCACUGGGACAAGAGAGCGCAGGACGCAACCAGUGAGCCAGGGGGUCGGGGAGGCACGGCCCUCGGGGGCGUGUCUGUAGAGGAGGCUGCGGAGCUCCGGGCCCCGCGCAGGACGCGGAGGCCAGCAUGGAGAGCGAGCUGGAGCCGCUGACCCAGCACCCGGCGAGCCCGGCCGAGCUGCCUUUCCAGGCGCUGGUAGAGGCUGCGGGCGGCCGCGGGCAGGUGCUGCUGGUGGGCGAGCUGUGGGAGCGCGAGCAGAGCCGCGCGCUGCUGCGAGACUUCUCCCGCGCCGUGUUCCCUCCGGAGCCAGAGCCGGAGCCAGCGUCGGGCAAGUCGGGGAAACCCGGUAAGCCGGGCCACGACCCACUGCGAGAGAUGCUGCGGGAUGUGCGCGGCCGGCGACCGGAGGGCGCAGCGCUGGUCGGGGUCCUGGUGGCCGACGCCGGAGCAGAGGACGCGGUGGUGUCGGGACUGCAGCUGCUGGAGACGCUGUUGCGCUCGGUGUUCGGCAGCCAGGUCGGGGGUUCGGUGCAAGCUGCAGCCUUCCGUCCCGGCUCCCCGGCCUCCAGCCUGGAGGUCCAGGAGGCGGCCUGCAGGGCCCUGCAAGCUGCCGGACCAGGUCGACCAGCAGAAGUUGCCUGGGAAAGACCGGGCCUCCUUGGCCUACUGACUUGCUUUUCCUGGGGUCCUCGGAACCAGAGGAAGAGCCACAGAGAUGCCACCUCCUCCCAAGGCCCAGCUCAAGAACACCUCCAGGUCUUGGAGGAGGAGCUUGCACUGACAGCCAUGUGUCCCAAUGGAGACUGUGAAGACCGAGGGAGUGGAGCCAGAGCCCAGGAUGGAGUUGUCCGCAUGCCACCUGAGCCCUUGGAGGACACAAGAUGAAGGCCGGACCCCUGGACUGGCCCUAACCUGCACACUGGGGUCUGGACCUUCUCAGUGAGCUUCCAUGCCACAGUGUUGACCUCAGCAGCUGGUGACUGACUGACUACAGAGACCCCGCUUGCUUGGGGACCGCCGCUUUCACUGCUCCACACUUAGUGUUUCUUCACUCUGUGAGCAAGGUGAUCCUGUCUCUCUGUGCCUUCAUUUCUCGGAGCCAAGGAGACACUGUACCGCUUUGCAGACAUACCGCUCUGUCUGGGGCUUCUGUUUCCCAGGGGCCUGCCACCCCAGGAACUAGGGUGCACCUCCAGGCAACACUGGAAACUUGUGUGGGGACAGUUAGUGGGCAUCUCACAGCGUGUAGGACGGUUCAACCACAAAUAAUCUAUUUUCUCAGAAUACCAGUUGUGACAGUUUCGAGAGAUGGAAGAGCCAGUCCCUUCUCCCUGUCAUUUUGUGAAGAGAUCCCCUUGGCUCUCCUGGGUUCUUGCCCCCCCCCCCAACAAGCCAAAAUCAAGACCUGACUGUUGCCGGGAGGGGGCCUGUCAGGCCAGAGCCGAUAUGACCUGUGUGUUUCAGGACCAGGACCAAAAGCGCCUUGCAUGCUGUGAGAAAAGGAGGCCUCAGUCUUUCCGGUGUAGACACUGAUUACUGUGCCAAAUCCUCUGUGGAAAAGUUUUCUGGGAGCUGCCUAGAGCACCAAGGACAGGGAAAGCCAGGGUGUUGGGGCGUUCAGCUCCCGACUUUUAUUAGCACUCAGGUCCUACCUAGCCCAAGUAUUCUGGAAUCUUCCCUCUGAGGCUUUGAGUCACAGACGGUUCACGCAGGGGCAACUGGGGAUUGCCUCUUGAUCUUGCCUGCCCCUGGAGAAAUCAGUCUUUGGAAGGGAAAGGGCCCUACUGGUUUUCCCUGAUGUGAGAAAAGUGCUGUCAGAGGGAAGUGGAUAGACUUACAUAUUCAUCCUUGUGCCACUCUGCAGAUAGCCAACUGUGCUGUGUUUGGCGUAGCUCCCUGUGAGGAACUACGUACCUCUGAGUCAUCCUUUCAACUCUUUCUGUGACACCACCAAGGGAGGGUCCCCUCCUCCCUGCUCUGUGCCUCAGUUUCUUCUUGGUGAUCCACAGCCUAAUCCUGUUCCCUCUCAGUCUCAUGCAAAGAGCAUGAGGUGCAGAGGGAUUGGCAUCUUCCCGGUGUGAGGUGGAAGCAGACAUCAUUUUAACAAUGCAAGGUUGUCCCGUGGUCCAGCUAGCAUAUUUUAUUCAAGUGUGAGCUAGAGGCUGAGGUGUAGUUCAGUUAGUUGGGGAGAGUCUAGCGUGCUAGUUUGAUCCCCACAGCUAUAUGAAGUGGAAGAAGUACACAUGCCUGUAAUCCUGGUUCUUGGGAAGUAGAGAGAGGAGGAUCUGAAAUUCAAAUUCACCCUCAGUUACAAUAUGAACUGGAGGCCAGCCUGGGCUACAUGAAACCCUGUCUCAAAAAAAAAAAAAAAAGAGCAAUUUUGAAUUAUCAAUUUGACUUGUUUUGGGUUUAUUGGCUUUUUUUUUUUUUUGCUUGUUUGUUUUUGUUUUUCAAGACAGGAUUUCUCUGUGUUCUAGCUGUGCUGGAACUAGCUAUUGUAGACCAGGUUACCCUCAAAUUCCCAGAGAUUUCUGCCUCUCAUGAUGAGAUUAACGGUGUGUGCCACCGUAGCCCAGCUUGAUUUUGUUUUUAAACCGGAAGACUGGUGUAUCUGAAGCUGCUAUAUUUUUGUCACAAUGUUGACCUAUGCAAUCCUAUGUGAUCAUUCAGUUAAGUUCCAUUAUUUGAUCAAGAAAAGGGGCUUAAACUGGGAAUUUGUCUAAGACAGAAGUUACAGAGUUAAAUAUCUUUUGUAUUUGUUACCCAUGUUUGAAACUUAGGAAACAGGAACAUUUAAAUCAGCCGAGUUUCCUGGGUGAGGAAGGCUGUACCUUCCUCACCGUCCUUCACUUGGAGCCCCAUCCCUACUGUACCUCACCCACAGGGCCUUUUGAGUUCGUCGCCUCUGCUCUAAAGGGCGAUCCACACACCAUUCACAUUAGUUGUGGUUUGAGUUGCCUGUUGUCUUGUCACUGGUUGCAAAAGUCGUUGUACGGAGCCUGGGUUCUGUUUCCCAGCUGGUAAAACAGGUGCCACAACACAGCAUCCUGCUGUCUUAGUACUGUUUCCCAGCGGACAGCAAGACUUGGGUUUCACCAGGGAUGGCCUUGUGGGACCCUUUCAGAGGAAAGAAGGAAGGAAGGUUGGAGACCUGGAGGAAGCCAGGAGUCCCUGGGAGCCACGUGUGAGGAACUAACCACCAGCUCCACUGGGUCCUGGGGUUCUAACCUGGAAUGCGUUGGUAGUUUCCCUGCUUUUGACUUGAGUCCUGGCUCCUUAGAUCUAAUAAACCAGACAGUGCCUCACCGGUAUCGGAUAGAA